GUAGAAGAAGAGAAACUGGCACAACAUGCCAGAAUGUUGGAGAAACAUCUUCACUGGUCUAUGGGAGUGUUUCCAAAAUAAAGUAUGGGAAUGAUUUUCCUCGGUGACUGCAUGUUUUCUGUAAGCAUUACUGGGAGUGUAGGACACUGAAGGGUUUGAUCUUUCGCCAGGACAGACAGAGUGUCUGUUGUUGUUGUUAUUCUGUGUGAUUAAACUGAAACUAGCCGUUAGCAGUGAGAGUUCAUAUUUACAGGCUGAUAUUUAGUGGUGUAAAAUGUCGGUGCACUUUGAGGAGAGGAGCGGUGUGGUUCCGUGUAAAACUCCCUGGGGUUCCUGGUACCAGACCAUGGAGGAGAUGUUUAUAGAGGUUAAUGUACCUCCUGGAACAUCCAGCAAAGACAUCAAGUGCAGCCUCGGCAGCAAACACGUAGAGCUCAACGUGAAAGGAAAGGAAAUAUUCAGGGGAAAGUUGUUCGGAACGACGGUUGGCGACGAAGCAACAUGGACACUGGAGGACAAAAAGCUGAUCAGGAUAGUUCUGAUGAAGACGAACCGCGAGGCGGGAAACUGCUGGACGUCGCUGUUGGAGGACCAGUACGCUGCUGACCCAUGGCUACAGGACCAGAUGCAGAGGAAACUCACCUUGGAGAGGUUCCAGAGAGAGAAUCCUGGGUUUGAUUUCAGCGGUGCAGAAAUCUCUGGAAACUUCCACAGUGGUGGACCGGAUUUCAGCAGUUUACAGAAAUAACUUACUAAUUCAAGAGAAUAAGGACUGACUGUAGGAGGUUGUUUUUGUUUGAUGGGACAUUGCACUCAAGAUGCCACAGAUCCAGAUGAAUCUCUGAUGCAGCUCUCCAAAUACAGAAAAAGUGUUUGUGUUAAAGCCAUAACUUAAAUUCUCAAGCAAAGCCUUUGUGCCCAUUUUGUAGAUGCCAGUACAUCAAGUUGCCAGUUUAAUUUUUUAAUCCUUUAAGACUGUCAGUGAAUAAUCUGGAAACUUGGUGUAUUUGUUAGUGACAAGACAGACCACAAUGUACACUGGAGUUAUAAUAAGUGAUUCAGUCAGAUGCAAAAUAAACUUACUGAAUAAACAGACAAGUGAUAAAAA